AUGCGCACUGUGUUAGCCUGCCUCAUAGGCUUGGCUAGUGCAGCCGUGACUAAUGCACUGAUUCUGGAGAAGAGAGACAGCCCGGCGGUUCUUGCGGUGCCAAUGAUACGCGACUCUUCCCCUGAACUUUCCAAGCGAUCGAAAUCGGUCAAUGUUGACCUUGACAACGAACGAGUCGAUUACAUCUCCUACGUCGCCAAUGUUACUUUCGGUACCCCGGCCCAGCAUUUCCUAACUUACUUUGAGACCUGGGGAAACGGCUGUUGGCUUGAGAGCGUGGACGACUCCGAUUGCGAGCUUUAUACGAACCAGUCCCUCUGUGGUGGAUACGGAGGCUUCAACGAGACUGCCUCAACCACUGUCAAGAAGCUCGACGAAAGAUUCGCAUACAAUGAUUCCGGUGUCAUGACCGAAGGGGACUUUGUGACCGAUGUUUUGACAAUUGGUGGUGUCACACUGAACACUAUGAAGAUGGGCAUCAUCACGAAUCGCAUCAUCACUGCCAAUACCUUGAGCCUUGGAUACGGAAAUGCAUCUUCCACCUCCUUGACCCAGGCAUUGGCCGACGCCGGAACCAUUAACUCUCCAGCUUUCAGCCUUUGGGGCCAGACAGCUCUGUUCGGCGGCGUCAACAAGGCCAGAUACAACGGAUCUCUCUACACCUUCCCUAUUGUCAACGGAUCAACCCAAACAAAGGCUCUCCGUAUCAAUAUGGAUGACAUCUCGAUCAACGGAACAUCCACAUCGUCGAAGGAAUUUCCACUGGACGCUGUAUUUGACACUGCGGUUGGAAUGACCUAUGUGCCCAAGUCUGUGGCCCAGGCCCUGAAUGCCCAGAUCGGCAACACCUCCGUUCCGGACCACUUGGGUCAGGUCAAUUUUUCUUGCAGCGCGGUGAGCGAGAACUCGACAAUAGAGUUCAAAUUCGGAAAACUAGAAUUCCAGUUCUACCUGAUGUCAUUUGUUAGCCAAGAAAGCGAUACUGUGGCAAAAUAUGGGUGGAAUCCCAACCAGGAGACGUGCUAUUUCACGAUCUGUGAAAACAAAGACCUCCAAUUUGAGGGGAGCAUUGUUCUGGGCUCCAAUUUCAUCAGCCAGGUUUAUGCGGUUUUUGAUCUUGAGAACGACGAGGUCUCAUUGGCGAACCUUGCAUGGGGUGACGCUCCGGAUGACAUUGUCGAGAUCACAUCAGGCAAGGACGCUGUUCCUGGGGCGGCGAAGAACUCGGCGAAGAACUCGGGUGGUCUUCGCAUUGGGAAAGACCCUGGGAUAAGUGCUCUAGCGGUCGGCGCUGCUGUGUGGUUUCUGAUGUUAUAA